GUCACUUGGCUAUAUAUAGGAAUCCCUUUGCUCUAUUCCAUAUUCAUCAUCCAACCUCUCUAGUUUUGAACAUCUCUUCCCUCUCUCCCUUUCCCUUUUUAUAUUCAUCUCUUAAAUGGUUGCGUGAAGCAAAAGUUUGGAAUAUUGGUGUUUUGUUGUUGGCAGAGAGAAAUCAGUUAUCAUCAGCCAGUUUGAGUUAGUAAGUUUCUUUUUCGGUUUCUCGAAAUGGGGAAGAAAGAGUUGAGAGAUGAGAAAGUGAACGGAAGAGUUGAAUCUGUACUUCAACUUGUUAGAAAACAGUCUCCAUUAACAGUGAAACAGGAGAAGUUCUGCAACAAUGCUUGUGUAGAGAGGUUUUUAAGAGCAAAAGGUGAUAAUGUCAAGAAGGCUGCUAAGCACUUACGAGCUUGUCUUUCUUGGAGAGAGAGCAUUGGCACUGAAAAUUUGAUAGCAGAUGAGUUCUCAGCUGAGUUAGCUGAUGGAGUUGCAUAUGUAGCCGGUCAUGAUGAAGAGUCCAGGCCUGUCAUGAUUUUGAGGAUCAAACAAGAUUACCAAAAGUUCCAUUCUCAGAAACUUUCUACUCGUUUGCUGGUUUUCACAUUGGAGGUUGCUAUAGGAACCAUGCUAAAAAACGUCGACCAAUUUGUUCUACUCAUAGAUGCAAGCUUUUUCAGAUCAGCAUCGGCUUUCAUGAACUUGUUGUUGGCAGCACUCAAAAUUGUGGCCGACUACUACCCUGGACGACUUUACAAGGCUUUCGUCAUCGACCCACCUGCGCUGUUUUCUUAUCUUUGGAAGGGUGUUCGUGCAUUUGUCGAGUUAUCAACGGCUACGAUGGUGGUUUCAUCACUAGAUUUCGAAGAAUCACUUGAGUUUAACGACUUUGGAUCAUACCCAAGAGCCUCAUCUCUCCGGUUUGACCCCUCGUCAAUCAAAUCAACGGCCAAGGUCGGCUCAUGCUCUUCCUCCAGAUUCUCCUUCACAGUAUCACAUCAUUUUGACUCUCUAAAACCUUGGUACCUCACCUUGACUGACACGUCAGCCUCCAAAGUUGGAUCGACGAGCCCGUCCCCCUUCGGCCCAGCACUGAUCUCCCCACUCAACGCGAGGUCCCUCUCUUUUGCAUCACCAGCUGCGAGGGCGCCACGUGGCAACAUCAGCAUGAGGAAGAGCUUAUUCCCAUCUACGCCUCUGCCACAGCGUAGCAAAGCCAUUGAGUCCAUCAAAGCCAACUAUUCGCGGACCCCACGGCCAUCCUUCCUCCAAUCACCUGUCAUGUUUUUCCGAAGGGACUGCCAUGUCAGCACCAAAAUAGAAAAGUCUCGAGAAUCCUUCAUGCCCUUUUUGAAGUUUUACAGAAGGCCGUACGAUGAGAUGAUCUACAGGUCAAUGAUGCGGCCCCCAUUAGGUGGCUUAAUCUCCAUCGUUAAACGGCGCCACAUGUCGGUAUCGCAACGGUUCUAGAUUAAAAAAGUACAGAGCUACUGAAUUUACAUUUUCUUCGAGUGUUGAAGCGCACUACUAAUAAUUUGAUUAAUUAUUUGUUUUCUUCGUGUUCAUUUUGCUUUUCGUGUGAUUAUACACGAGAAAGAAAAAAAAUGAAUUAAUUAAAGAAUUUAUUGAGGGAG